CUACUGUAUUUGUACUCCAACUUGCUGAAUCCAGACUUUACGAGUAAAUCCUAGUGACCUUGACAAAUUCCCAGCCAAACCAAUCCGAAGCAAUGAGAAAUCCACGUCGUGUAACAAGCUCCUUGAUUUUGGUGGUAACAGUCAGCGUACUACCUAUGAUUGACUCGUUGUUCUUCAUAUCUGAGUCCAUGACGCAAGACAGGAUGCUUCAAGGUCACGUAUUUGAAAGCCACUCAGGGAUCACGAGCCAAUUUGACUGUUAUAGAAAAUGCAAUGCCUCUGGAAACUGCUACAGCAUGAACUAUCACCCGACAACUGGGCUUUGUGAGCUGAGCUGUAACUGUCAUUUAGUGGUUCCUAAUGAUUUCGUUUACUCUCUUCAUACAAAGUAUUUCAUGAUACGUCAAUGUCAAGUACUUCAAUGUAGCUUUGAAACCGCGACGUUUUUGCAUUUUCCACGUAGAUCAGUUGAGGACAAAAUCAUAUUUGUGGAGCCUUUUUUCAGUUUGACAACAUUCACAAUCAGCAUGUGGAUUCAGCCUGACAUGGAGGGAUCCACAUUCCAUGCGGUCCUCAGUUAUGCUACCACUGCAAUCGACAACGAACUAAAUGUUUAUAUAAAAAACCCUAUGAUCAACGUGGCUAUUAACAAUGUCGCAUUGAAGAGUAACGGCCGCAAAAAUUUAAUUGGCCGUUGGCAUCAUGUCUGCGUAACCUGGAAGAAUGAUGAUGGCAAGAUAGCAGUCUACCUUGAUUGCGAAAAAAUAAACGAUGGCACUUUAAAGAGGGGUCACGUGAUUACAAAAGGUGCAUUGAUUCUUGGUCAAGAACAAGACGGCUACAUGGAACGUUUUGAUAAAGACCAGACAUACAAAGGGAACUUGACGAGCCUCAACAUCUGGGACCGAGUGUUCACAGCAGACGAGAUCAAAGAACUGUCUGCCUCUUAUCAUACCCUACAAGGGAAUGUAGUUAAGUGGUCAGAUUUAAAACAAAGAACCCAUGGCGAAAUCCAGGCUUUGUGUGAUCCUAUUUGUCCUCCAUUUGGUGUGGUAAGUCACACCUAGUUGUCGGUUGGCAGUUUCUCUGGAAUUUUCUUAGCCUUAUAUAUGUUUCAAUCCAGAGUUCAAGGAUUCAGUCAUAGUUAAUUAAUAUAGAUAGCUAGAUAACACUCUCGGCAUUAUCAAAUCAAUGGAUCGGACACCUUCCAGUAGAUUUUGUUGUCGACGCCCGAUUGCACGAAUAUUGCACACAACCAUUGUCAUAUAAAACGGCACUCUUGAUCAGGGAUUUGCAUAAGUAAAAACAAGAGUAAGAGUUUUAAGUCAGUGAAUAUUAAGUAGGAGGCAAACGUUCGUCUCCUUUAUUGUACAAUUCCUUUAUUGGCAUUAAAGUCAC